AUGGAUGACCUACUCCCUCAAAGAAUCGUUCGUAUCGCCCGACAACUCUCAGUAACCCCAGCCGAGCUCAUUGAGCCUGUCCUCGCCGACCUCCCAUAUCACCGUAUCCUCGACCUCUUGGGAACUCAGUAUGGGGCAAAUUCCCCUCACGGCACAUCCCUUCAGUCAGCUCUUAGCAACAGCAAAGCAUGGUCAGUACUACGCGAUCAAGACCUGGGCCUCUUAGCCAAAUUCUGGGUGGCUUUGAACAGACUCUCUUCGUUGUCAGAGGGACAGCUCGUUAUGGCGACGAAACCGGACUCUGAAUUUAGGCCUCGAAACGCCAAGGCUUCAUCCUCUGCUAUGCCGGACUGGCCACGCCCCACAGCUGUUCUUGGAGAUGACCUGGUGCGCGCCUUUUCCAGGAUGAUACUUCACAAAGAAAAAUUUCGGGAUCGUGGCACCAAGCUCUACGCCGUCAUACAGUAUCUGCCAAAACCCGAGGAUUCAACAGCUUUCCAACAUCCACGGACCGUUGCAGGUUUUCGCGCCAAAGGCUGGAAACCUGAUGACUGCGUCGAUAUUAUUCCGCGUCUUGUCGAGGCACAGAAACUUCUCAAUGAUCAAAAGGCAUCAGAGCUCCACCGUCUGGCCGAUCUUUACGAGCAGUUCCCAACGUACCUGAAGACCCCCUUGGCACCUCAGACCCCACGGAAGAACAUCGCGCAUGUUCCUCGGCAACUACGCUUGUACGCUCGAAGAUCGGGACGUACACUAUGGUCGUUUCGGUACGCCCACCCGAUACUAGUACCAUAUGACUGGUGUCUCCAGCUAUUCGAUGCUGUCAAUGAAGAGCUGGACUACUCUUUGGACCUGCAGAAGACGAGGAACGGCAUCCAAAGCAUUCGCACACUCGAAGAUACCCUCCCGCGCUUGACCUCGACCAAAGGGCUGAAGCUUCAAGAGCACAAGAACGCCAUGCCUAGUACUCCGGCAGAAUUGGAGUGGCUUGAGUCUUUUAUGCGUGUCGUUGAACAAAUGGAAAGCCAAUUUCCCGAACUAGCUUCAAGUAUCAAGGAGACUGCACUUCAGGCCCCCGAGGAUAAAAUUGACAGUCUUCCUGAAAUGGCCAGGGAUCCCCCAAGUGUUCUUAUGGGACCAUCCGACUUUCAACAUUUCAUUGCGAACUCACGACUGCAUGAUGUCGCAAACCAACUACGAUAUGAUUUUGACCUGUCGAAAAAGGCUGCAAAAGACGAAACAGAGCUGCCCAGCCUUCUCGCUCUUUACAUGCCUCCGUCCUCUUCAGCCGAGUCUAAGAGAGUUUCAUUCCACCUUUGGCCCAUCCUUGAUCCAGGUAUGCGCCAAUUGCUAUUCGAGCAGAUGAUUGAGACCAUCAAGACGAGACUCUCCGAUACGCCUUCAAUAGCCGCUAACGACGAUCCGUAUGACCGGGUGCACCGGCAUAUGCCAAUGGGCAGUCGCAAGCGAACUUGCUAUGUCUGCCGCAUGGUUCUCGAUAACCCGCAUCCUCAGCUGGGAUCGAUGUGCAUUCCCUGCGGAGAGUUUAACCUCGCGGAAAGAGCUCUGUCGCUACCCGAGAACUUGUCACUCAAGGACAAGACCGCCAUCGUGACUGGUGGGCGCGUCAAUCUCGGCUUCAACACGGCCCUGCGGCUGCUCCGUUGCGGUGCUGCUGUGAUCGUCUCUUCACGUUAUCCCGAAGAUGCGCUCUCCCGGUACCGACAGGAGGCAGAUUUUGAUGACUGGGCUCAGAGAUUAAGGAUCAUCGGGGCGGACUUCCGAGCAGCAGCUGAUGCUUUCGCUCUAGUCCAAACCAUCAAGAGAGUUCUUGAGCAAGAAGGAUGGGGUCUUGAUUAUCUGAUCAAUAACGCCGCCCAAACUCUUACGGAUCCAGUUGAGAAAGAGGAGCGUGCCAUAGAACAUGAGUGGUUUCUGCUUGACAAUCCGUCGGACGAUGGCAAAAGCAUAGUCGUACGCCAAGGCUACUCACCUCGUGUACGAGGUGGUGCCGGUAGUCUUCCUGAUGGUGUGGCGGGAAAGGUUUCUGGCAGUAUUGCCGGGCCUUCAGUUCCUAAGAACACGUCCCUUUCUGACCCAAUGUCUAAGCUGCAGAUAUCUAGCACAGAUACGUCAGCCCCAUCAUCUUGGGUUCAGUCACUCUCGGAGAUCCCUUACGAGGAUGUCAUCACCGCACACAGCGUAAAUACUUUUGUGCCUCUGAUACUGAUCAGGGAGCUGCUACCUUCGAUGCGAAAAGGGGGUCACAUCGUCAACGUCUCUUCCAGAGAAGGUAUUUUUGAGUCAACUCAACGCAGUUCCGCCAAGAAUAGCAAGCAUGUCCACACCAAUAUGUCAAAGGCUGGGCUGAAUAUGAUCACCGAGACGGAGGCGCCGACGGCUUGGAAGCUAGGCGUGGCCAUGAACACUGUCGAUCCAGGCUACAUGAGUGCCGCUCCAGAAUUUGAGCAGGCCUACGGCGGCGAGCGGCCCAUUGGCUGGGAGGAUGGUGCUGGUCGCGUCCUGUGGCCCAUAGCCAGGGCUGGCAGGAAGCAAUUGUAUUCUCCCCCUAUUUGGGGACGAUUCUUGAAGCACUAUGGCGCGGUCAGAGUUGAUACCCGACUAGGCCGUGGAUGA